AUGACUGUCACCAAACACACUCUGGCUCCCGGUAACGGCGUCGACAGGCCGCGCGCCGGCGACGACGUCACCAUUGAGUACACCGGCUACCUCUUCGACGCCAACGCCCCCGACACCAAGGGCAAGAAGUUCGACUCGUCCAUCGGCCGCGGCGACUUCAACGUCAAGAUCGGAAUUGGCCGCGUCAUCAGAGGCUGGGACGACGGCAUCAUCGGCGCGGGCGGCAGCGAGGGCAUGUCGUUAGGCGAGAAGGCCACCCUGACCAUCUCGAGCGACUAUGGAUAUGGUGCCAACGGCUUUCCCGGCCACAUUCCGCCCAACGCCGAUCUCGUCUUCGAUGUCGAGCUCAAGGCCAUCAACGGCAAGCGUGCUUAG